AUGCUGAGCUAUUUCACCACCAACAGCCCGGUUGUUUUCCGUCUCUCCAUGAGCAGGAAGAUGAAAGAUGCCCUUGAAAUGAUAGAUGAAUUGGUUGUGGAGAUGAAUAACUUUCACUUCCUACCACAUGCCGAGGCACCAAGCAUUGAUCAUCCGCAGACGCACUCCCGUGUCAAUGAAUCAGAGAUAGUCGGCAGGCAAAAUGAGAAGGAACAAGUGGUGAAGAUAUUGCUCGAUUACUCCUACAACAGUGAAGAAAAUAAUAGUAAUGUCAUGGUCCUCCCCAUAGUUGGUAUGGGGGGGAUUGGUAAGACUACCCUUGCCCAACUUGUGCACAAUGAUCAGAGGGUGAAGCAUCAUUUUGAGUUGGUCAUAUGGGUCUGUGUCUCUAACAAGUUCGUUAUCGAAGAAAUUGUUCGAUCUGUAAUACAAGUUGACAUGAUGAACAAGUGUGAAUUGACUGAGAUGGAGGCACUGCAGAAGAAGCUUGGUGAAGUGUUGGGCAAUAAUACAUACCUCCUAGUGUUGGAUGAUGUUUGGAAUGAAGAUAGACAGAAGUGGGAUGAUAUGAGAUCUUUGUUAUGCUCACAUGCUGGCUCAGGCAAUGCUAUAAUUGUUACAAGCCGCAGCUAUCAAGUUGCUUCUAUCAUGGGCACAAAUCCUCCACAUCAGAUAUCACUUCUAAAAGAGGAUCAAUCAUGGGAGCUUUUUCAUACGAAUGCAUUUGGAAGGGUAGUGGAAAAGACAGAAGAAAUUAUUUCAGUGGCUAAGAGUAUUGUACACAAGUGUAAGGGGUUGCCUCUUGCUAUCAAGACCAUCACAACGUUACUUCAUUUGAAGGACCACAAUCAGUGGUUUUCUGUUCUGGAUAGUGAUGUGUGGAAGGAUGACAUCGUCACAACUACUGGAAUUGUACCUGCACUACAGCUGAGCUAUGAUCACUUGUCAUCAGAAGAAAAAAUAUGCUUUUCCUUCUAUGCUAUUUUCCCCAAGUACAGAUGGAUGGAUAAAGAGAUGUUAAUCCAGCUAUGGAUGGCAAAUGACUUUAUUGCAUCAGAAACAAGAGGCCAAGAAAUUUUUGAUGUGCUAGUUUGGAGAUGUUUUCUCUUAGAUGCGGAGAUUCAACGAGAUAACUUCAUGUACCAACCAACCACUUGCAAGAUGCAUGAUCUCAUGCAUGAUCUUGCUCACCAUGUAAGUGGAAAUGAUUGCUUCAUUCUGCAAGAAUCUUCAUCAUGUAAAGAAAUUCUGCAAGGAUGCACACAUGCUAGUUCAUUACAGCAUGAGGUUCGACACUUGACACUUGAUUAUAUCAGCAAUGAUACUAUUGCAGCCAUGAAGGAAAUUCUAGCUCCACGACCCCGCACGAUAUUAAUCCAGGAUAUAUCCAAGUCUCUGAGUAUGGCCAAGAAAAAAUCCAUGUCCUUGCGAGCAUUGAAUACACUCUCGAUCAAGAAAAAUUUGAUAAAUUUGAAGCAUCUUCGCUAUCUAGAUUGUUCUAAGUCCAAUAUUUCUACAUUGCCUGAAGCCACUACCAUGUUGUAUAGCUUGCAAACAUUGAAGCUCAUUGAUUGCAAAGAGCUUAAGAAAUUGCCAGAAGGCAUGAGAUAUAUGAGCAGUCUUCGGCACAUCCUCCUUGUUGGGUGUGAGAGUUUGAGCCGCAUGCCACGGGGUAUUAGUCAGCUGACUUCUCUACACACUUUGACGGAUUAUUUCAUUGAUUACGAUGCAGGUUGUGGAAUUGAUCAACUGAAAAAUCUGAAUCUAGGUGGUGGUCUUUCUUUGUCGGAGCUGAGAAAAGUGCAUAGUGCAGAAAAUGCUAAAGAAGGCAAUAUAUCCCCCAAGCAUAAAUUGAAACGAUUAUCACUCGAUUGGUAUGGCAAUAUAUCCGUCAGAAGUUAUGAAGAUGAAGUAGAUAGUAAUGCAGAAGGAAUAUUAGAGGCCCUUCGUCUUGACAAAAGGCUUGAAGUUUUACAGUUAUCUAAUUAUACCGGUGCUAAAUUGUCAUCAUGGAUGCACAAAUGUUAG